AUGACCGACUACGCCGAAGAACGACGAUCAGAGCUCGAAGUGCUCGAGAGCAUCUUUCCCGACGAGCUGACGGUGCUGUCGGAUGAGCGGAUCUCUGUGCGCGUGGAACCAGAAGUCCAGAGCGAGCGGGAUCCUCACACCCUCAACCUCGUCGUCACCUACACCCCGACCUAUCCCGACGAACCGCCAGAGCUAGAGCUCGAAGUAGUCGAGGGAGAAGUGAGCGAGGAGGAGGAGGAAGUCUUGCUCGAGGGGUUGCGGACGACGGCGGAGGACAACUUGGGCAUGGCCAUGGUUUACACGCUGGCGCUCCAGCUGAAGGAGUUGAUCGCCGAGAUGCUCGUGAAGCGGAAGGAGCGGAUAGCGCGCGAGGACGAGGAGCGGUACCGGCGAGAAGAGGAGGCCGUCGCAGCCAAGAAGCGCGGCACGCCCGUGACGAAAGAGUCCUUUGCCGCGUGGGCAUCCAAGUUCGAGUCAGAGUUUGCGGAGCAGCGGAGACGGGAGGAGGAGGAGCGGGUCAAGGCUUUGCCGCCGAAGGAGAGGGAGGAGGCGAAAAGGUGGGCGGCCAAGCUGACGGGCCGGCAACUCUUCGAGCAAGGCAAAGUCAUCGACUCGGACGCCGCAGCGUUCGGCGAAGAAGGCGACGUCGCAAUCGACAUCUCGCAGUACGAGCGACGCGAGGGCGCAGACGAUGAGGAUGACGACGAGGUGGACGAGGCGGCGGGGCGGUUACGGUUGGCGGAUCUGUCGGAUGACGAGUAG